CCUCGGCAAAGGGCUGAGAGUACUGUUAGACUACCUCUAGCAUUGAGUUACUUGUAUCCAGAUCUUGCAUCUUGUACCACAAUCAUCUUCCGAAACCCAGAAAACUAUCAUAAUCUACAAUGUCCGCCCAAUCCAACUGGUACGACGCCUUCCCCGCACCCCGGUCCACCGCACCCCUCCUCUCCCGCUCAGACGCACUAUCCUCCCUCUCGUCCCCAGACCUGCUCCUUGUCGAUGUCCGCAGGACAGACUUUGAAGGCGGCACUAUUAGAGGAAGUCUCAAUCUUCCCGCCCAUAGCUUCUACAUGAAUCGAGGGGUGUUGUACGAUCUAUGCAAAAGGGCGGGCGUGAAGACGGUGGCAUUCUACUGCGGAUCCAGCAACGGCCGCGGUCCCCGUUGCUCAGGCUGGUUCGCCGAUUACUUAGCCGAACAGGGGGACACGGAGAUGCAGGCGCUGACGCUAGAAGGGGGAAUCAAGGGAUGGGUCAAGGCCGGGAAGGAGUAUACAGAUCAUGUGGAUGGCUAUGACGCUGAGUACUGGAAACAGUUUGACUAGAUAUAUUCAUGUAUAAGUGCGGGACGGGACUGGGAUGUAUAUUGAGCGUACGGGUCUGCUUUACAAUCAAAUAUCCAGAACGUCGUUUCCAAAGAGGCUCAUGGCCAUGAGCAGUCAUUCGUCGUCGUCAUCGUCAUCAUCAAUUACCCUUCUGACCCUCUUUGUUGGGGGCAAAACUCGUCCAUCAUCCUCCUGGUCCUCAUCCGAAUCGACAGUGUAGCCAAUCCUUUGGUUCAAUCCAAUCAUCUUCUUUCCCCUUGCAGGCGUCUCAUCUUCACUGUCGCUGCUCAUCACCACAUCCACAUCCGUCGGAUCACUCGUGAAUAUCUUCUCCAUUCUCCUCGGCUUCUUCGACUUGGCGGCUUGU